CUGCGGUUUGCUUGUGAUUGGUCAAUUGCGAGCUGUUGUGGUCAUGUGACGCAAAAAUGGCUACCAGUGACAACGAGGAAGAUGGUCUGGACCACAUUCUGGAGCCGCUGUCUUUCCCAGAGCAACCAGGGACUGGUCCUGAUGUCCCCAGUCCACAUUGUCUUGGUCCACAGUGGCCUAGCGGAGAGACGCUGGUGUGUCUCUUCUGCUCAAAGUUGCUUCCUGUGACGAAGAAGGACGCCCUUCUCAAACACCUUCUGUUGGAGCACAAGUUGGUCAUUGCUGACGUCAAACUCAUUGCCGACCUCCCAAAGUACCUGGCGCACUGGAAAGGUAGAUUUUUGGAGCAGCCCAUCACCGAUUUCUGCAGUGUGAUCAAGACCAACUCAACUGGGCCUGUCGAGCAACAGGAGCACUACUUCCUGCUGUGUGACGUCCUUCCAGAGGACCGAACCCUUCGAGAGAAGCUCCAGCAGAAACGACUGGAGGAGGUGCUGGAACAGCAGCAGAAGGAGCGAGAAGACUGCAGCUUCCAUCGCAUCUGCAUGUUCUGCAACGACGAGUUCACUGGAAACAGGUCGUCUCUGCUCAACCACAUGGCCAGAGAACAUUCCUUCAGCAUCGGGCUGCCGGACAACAUCGUCUACUGCGAAGAACUGCUGGACAUGCUGCAGAGCAAAGUGGACAAUCUGCAGUGUUUGUACUGUGAGAAAACCUUCAGAGACAAAACCACGCUGAGGGAUCACAUGAGGAAAAAAGCUCACCGCCGCAUCAACGCCAACAACCACCAGUACGACCGCUUCUAUGUCAUCAACUAUCUGGAGCUGGGGAAGACCUGGGAGGAAGUGCAAAGUGAGGACGACCGUGAGCUGGUGGACGACGAAGACGACGACUGGUCCGACUGGCGGUCUCAUCCGGUCUCGGUCGUGUGUUUGUUCUGUGAUCACCAGUCUGAGACCAUGGAGCAGAUCUACACUCAUAUGAAGGAAAUUCACGGCUUUGAUCUCCAUCAGCUGAGGGCUCAGCUCAACCUCAGGUUCUACCAGCAGGUCAAACUGGUCAACUUCAUCCGCCGCCAGAUCCACCAGAACCGCUGCUACGCUUGCCACGACAAGUUCCGGUCCAGAGGUGACGUGCUGCGUCACAUCGUGGAUAACGGUCAUGUGAUGAAGCUCCCGCCCGUGUCCACGUGGAACCAACCACAGUACUACUUCCCCACCUAUGAGAACGACGCCCUCCUGUGCACUUUAUCUGACAGCGACGGCGAUCAAAGUGAUGAAACAAAUCAAGAAGACGUUCCCAUCAUUGCUGAGGACAUUAUGGACCUGAGACUUGUGAAGCAGAAGAGCAUCCUUAAUCAGCUGCUCAAGAAUCCAACUGCCUCACACUAGAACCUUCUUUGUUUGUUUGGACCACCAUUUUGUUUUUUGAAACAGCAAGGCAUCACUUGGACAUUUUGGACAUUUGACCUGACUGAACGCCAUACGUUUACUCAAUACAAAUACAUGUAUAAAAUAAAAAUGUCUUAAUUGUA